GGGCAUCUUGGGACUGCUCUCACUCGCGUUCUUUCUUUCCCGGCGGCGUGAAGCCUUCCUGCCCUGUUUCUUGUGCGGACGAUGGCCGGUUUCCGUGCUUUAGGAUUGGACCCCUGGCUGGCGUCUCAGGCGGAGCAGCUGGGCUUGUCGAGGCCCACCCCGGUGCAGGAAGCUUGCAUCCCUCCCGCCCUGCAAGGUCGUGACUGCAUGGGCUGCGCCAAAACUGGAAGUGGCAAGACAGCUGCCUUUGUGCUCCCCAUCUUGCAGAAACUUUCUGAAGAUCCUUUUGGCAUCUUCUCCCUGGUGCUGACACCAACAAGAGAGCUGGCCUAUCAGAUUGCUGAGCAGUUCCGUGUCCUUGGGAAGCCUCUAGGUUUAAAGGACUGCAUCAUAGUCGGGGGAAUGGAUAUGGUCUCUCAAGCCCUGGAGCUGUCUCGGAAGCCCCAUGUUGUCAUCGCUACCCCUGGCCGCCUGGCUGAUCACCUACGGAGCUCCAAUACCUUCAGUCUUCGAAGCAUCAAGUUCUUGGUCCUAGAUGAAGCCGACCGGUUGCUAGAACAAGGCUGCACCGACUUUACCAAAGACUUGGAAGUCAUCUUGGCUGCAGUUCCAGCCAACAGACUCAUUCUUCUGGUGUCUGUUUCUUGACCUUAUGCCUUAGCUUCGCUAAGAUCUCUUCUUCGUUCUUUCCAUCCCCCAAAUCCCACCAGGGUACGGACAGUGGAACAGCUCGACCAGCGUUAUCUUCUAGUGCCCGAGAAGGUUAAAGACGCUUACUUGGUCCACCUUGUGCAAACUUUCCAAGAUGAACAUGAGGACUGGUCCAUCAUCAUCUUCACUAACACUUGCAAGACCUGCCAAAUUCUCAACAUGAUGCUCAGGAAGUUCAAUUUCCCAUCCGUGGCUCUCCACUCGAUGAUGAAACAGAAACAACGUUUUGCAGCGCUGGCAAAAUUCAAAUCGAGUGUCUUUAAGAUCUUAAUAGCUACUGAUGUAGCUGCCAGGGGGCUCGACAUUCCCACCGUCCAAGUAGUCAUCAAUCACAACACGCCUGGACUCCCCAAAAUGUACAUCCACAGGGUGGGCCGAACAGCUAGAGCAGGUCGGCACGGAAUUGCCAUCACGCUGGUCACCCAGUAUGACAUCCAUCUCGUCCACGCGAUUGAAGAACAGAUCAAAAUGAAGCUUCAGGAGUUUUCUGUGGAGGAACAAAACGUGCUGAAAAUUCUCACCCAAGUGAAUGUCGUCCGACGGGAAUGUGAGAUCAGACUGGAAGCAACUGAUUUUGAUGAGAAGAAGGAAAUAAACAAGCGGAAGCAGAUGAUCCUGGAAGGAAAGGACCCUGAUCUGGAGAUGCAACGGAAGGCCGAGCUGGCCAAGAUUAAGAAGAAGAAGCUCAAGUUCCAGAGCCAAGUCCACCAGACCCUGCAAGAGAGACGGCAGAAGCAGCUCCAGCACAGGCUGAAAAAACGGGCACGGCGGCAGAAGCCGGCAGGGGCGGCGAACUGAGGCCGCUCGUCCUCCCGCCUUGGGUGGCAAAGGACCCUAGUGGGGAACAAUCUGCACCUGAGCUGCCUCUGCCCCAAAUUCGCCUUGCGUAAAACUUGGUUAACUUUGGCCCUUCUGUGAAUGGACCUGAAGCACCGGGAGCAAAAGUCUCGGGAAAAGAACGUUAGGCAAGUUGGAGAAGUUGCUUGGCUGCCUAGAGACCAAGGAAUGUCUCUUUGAGGCCGUCUUCUUUUCCAAAAACGAGACUUUCAGUUGGGCUGAACCCUUGGGAGACAAAAAGUUUUCAAGUCUCACCAGGCAGUUGUGCCACCGAGUAAAGGUUGGUGAUUUAGGGGUGGAUCCUUUUGAUGGGAGCAGGCUCUGUUUUGGGGGGGUCACCAGAAUCUCAUGGCCAUGCCAGGCAAAUACUGGCUAGUAAACCGUGUGCUUUCAAUAAAUCCCUCUCUAUGAUGACAGGGAAAGACGAGGCUUUAAGUGUUUUAUGCAAGCCUGGCUGCAGUCUUUGGGUUUGAUUGUAACAUUUUUCCAAAAUGAUUUAGACCAUUUCCAAAUAACAUUCUACAAUCGGAGCCUGUGCACGAGGGGCAUUUCGUAUUCUUACCUCUACUUGAGAUUUUAGUCCCUUGCUCCCUUUUCCGUAGGACUUUGGAUGGGUGCAAAAAUAGGGUUUGUCAAAUAUACAGUUUGUCCAACGUUACAAAAAGUGAUUUAUGUCUGCACUUUUCAUGGGGGAAGACUCUGGCUUUAUUUAUUUAUACUAUGUUCACUAUCCAAAGCAACUCUAAGCGGCUUAAGAUGCCAUAAAGACAGAAAUGUAAGAACUAUUAUAAUUUUAAAAGCACAGAUUAGUACCCAAGCAUCUGAUCUUUCUUCCCACACCAAUAUGUUAUGACGAUGCAGGGCGUUUAACGUUUGUGGUAUUUUGGAUUCCAAAUGCCCCCUUUGGGUCAUUUUGGAAUGAUUUCCAGCUUAAGACCCUUUCCAAGUGAUUCAAACAACCUGUUUUAACAUCGGUAUAGGAGGGCAGAGGUAGGCAACAAUGCCCACUGGACACUGCAGGGACUUCCAACUCCCAGAAUUCUAUGCUGGCUCAAGAAUUCUGGGCGUUGGGAGUCCACAGGGUGUAAAGUUGUCAUAGUUGGCCACCCCGGUAUAGGAUUUUUGUGUUUGCAUAACUUCUGGCAUUCAGAAUGCAAAACUCUGGGUGUAAAUGUUGGAAAAUAAUUAUUUAUGUGACUAGCAAGCCCCCCACCCCCUUGAGUUACACUGAAGACCCCCAGUGCAGAUUUGAUUUGUGGAUCUUCUAUCAGCUCCAACAUUUCAGCGUCUCACACCCAGUGGGAGUAGCCUAUCCCCCCUGUACUGGCAGAGGGGGCAUGCUGCAGACCCCGUUGGUCAAAAGAGUUUUGGCUGGUGGAGUCCAAGGGAAAAGCCUUUUCUGUUGUGACUCCUACCCUUUGGAACAUCAUGUGUCGUCAUCUCUCCCUUCCCCUCCCCCCAGUGAAAUCCCCCUCCCCCUUUGGCCUUCCAAAAGGCUUGAAGACUUGACUCUGCCAGCUGGUCUUGAGGAGCCACAUCUGGGAGGUGGUUAAUGGAUUAAGCAGAUCCUCACCUCCUCCCCGUGUUCGCUUUGCUUUCUUCUCCCCAUCUUGGUUAAUUUACGCUCUUCGUUACGUGUUCUUUUCAUGAGUGGCUGUAAGCCACCUAGAGCUGCGUCUGUGAGGUGGGCAGCAGAGAAGAUUAAUAAAUAUUUAUCAAAUAUUAUAAUAAAUAAAUACGCACAUACAUACAUACUCCAUGUUUUUGUGGCUAGCUUGGAGUCCCAUCCCGCCUUGUGCUGAAAGGACCAAAAUUAGUCUUUCAUCAUCAUCAUCAUGAGCCAC